GCGCGCCGCUCUCGUGCUGCUGUUGGAGCGAAAUGGCGGACGGUGUGGAUCACAUCGAUAUUUACGCGGAUGUGGAAGAAGAGUUUAACCAGGAAGCAGAUUACCCUGUGCACGAACAGAUAGACCUGUAUGAUGAUGUCAUCUCGCCAUCUGCCAAUAACGGAGAUGCUCCUGAGGACAGAGAUUACCUGGACAACCUCCCAGCCCCAGGGGGCUCUGAGGGAAGCAAAGGGCCUCCAUCAAACGUUGUCUACACUUACACAGGCAAAAGGAUCGCACUUUACAUCGGCAACCUCACCUGGUGGACCACAGAUGAAGAUCUAACAGAGGCCAUUCGCUCCAUAGGCAUUAAUGAUGUGCUGGAGAUCAAGUUUUUUGAGAACAGGGCUAACGGCCAGUCUAAAGGGUUUGCGCUGGUCUGUGUGGGUUCAGAUGCCUCUUCCAGGAAGCUGCUGGACCUGCUGUCGAAGCGGGAGCUGCAUGGACAGAACCCGAUUGUAACUCCCUGCAACAAACAGUCACUCAGCCAGUUUGAGCUGCAGUCACGAAAAAGUACUCAGUCAGGGCAGAUGUCGGGAGAGGGUAAGGCUGGGCCUCCAGGCGUGGGGCCCCGUGGUGGCUUCCCCCUGGGCAGGGGUCGAGGGCGCUUUCCAGGUCCUGCGGGCCCUGGGGGUGACCGGUUACCUGGACCUGUUGGACCUGGAGCACCCCCGCCGAACUUUCCAGGAGGUAUGCAAGGCCCUCCUCGACCACCGCCUGGACCACCAGGUCCGCCAGGCCCCCCUGGUCCCCCACCCCCUGGUCAAGGUCUACCCCCGCCCCUCUCCGGCCCUCCCAACAGAGGCGACCGCCCCCCUCCACCUGUCAUGUUCCCUGGUCAGUUUGGUCAGCCCCCAAUGGGUCCCAUGCCCCCUGGCCCGCCUCCACCGGGCUAUGGUCCUCCUCCAGGCCCGCCCCCACCACAGCAAGGCCCACCCCCUCCUGGCCCAUUCCCUCCCCGACCGCCUGGUCCUAUUGGUCCGCCUCUGGCCCUGGCUCCUCCCCCUCACAUGCGGGGCCCUCCUCCUGGUGGCCCACCUCCAGCCCCCCACGUCAACCCUGCCUUCUUCCCUCCACCGGGAAACAACAACAUGCCCUCAUCAGACAGCAGAGGCCCACCUCCAAACGACCCGUACGGACGCCCGCCUCCAUAUGAUAGAGGAGAUUAUGGCCCUGGCAGGGAUAUGGAUGCAGCUCGGGCCCCUCUGAGUGAGGCAGAGUUUGAGGAGAUAAUGAACCGGAACAGAGCAAUUUCCAGCAGUGCUAUAUCCAGGGCUGUUUCAGAUGCCAGUGCAGCGGAUUACGGCAGUGCUAUUGAAACUUUGGUGACUGCCAUUUCAUUAAUCAAGCAGUCGAAGGUGUCAGCUGAUGACCGCUGCAAAGUUCUCAUCAGCUCCCUGCAAGACUGCCUGCACGGCAUUGAGUCCAAAUCCUACGGCUCUGCCUCCAGCAGACGAGAGCGUUCCCGGGAGAGAGACCACAGCCGGUCUCGUGAGAAAAGCCGCCGUCACAAGUCUCGCAGCCGUGAUCGCCAUGAGGACUAUUACCGCGAGCGCAGCCGUGAGCGUGACCGGCACCGCGAAAGAGACCGCGAUCGCGAAAGAGACCGCGACAGAGAGAGGGAAUAUCGCCACCGUUAAAAGGAGAGGAAAGCUAAACAGAAGAGGAGGAGGAGGAGGAGCAUCGCAAGCACCUUGCACUCGUCCAUCAGCACCCUUCAUCCCUCCAUCAGAGGACAAGACUUGGCCCGUGCUUCGCGGUGCUCCAGGACAGAUCUGUAAAAAGAAAACAAAUGCAUAUACACACACUCUUAAUUCCCAACAGCUUUUUUAUUUUUUGCAUUUUAUUUGAUGAGAUACUUGUGUAAUUUGAAAAAAGUACGUUCAGCUUCUCAGCGGAAGAGAAUAGCCUGCCUGCUCUAUGCUCAACCGGAAUACAAAAACUGACUGCUAUAACGUGUAAUUUGUCAGCUAAACAUGUUGUUUUUAUAGGGAACUUUUGGUUUCAUCCCCUCCCCCUUUACCUUCUUCAUAAUGUUUGUAAGUGUCUAUGCCUUGAUUUAUUAAAUAGACUCUGUGUUGUAAUAAAGUGUUUACUGGGGUUGC